CAUCUCUCUCUCUCUCUCUCUUCACUGAGUUUUUAUUAAAAAGAAAAAAAAAGGCUUUUUUUUAUUUUUCUUCUCUUUAUUAUAUCAAAGAUGCAAACUGAAAGCCUUUAUCAUACUCAACACUCAAACCCUUUGAGACCUCGUAACAAUUUAUUUACUUGUCUUGCUUGUCAAGUUGCUUUCCCUACUACUGAGCGUCAACGUGCUCAUUACCGUACUGACUGGCACAAGUAUAACCUCAAGAGAAAGAUUGCUCAACUUCCUUCUGUUACUGCGGAACAAUUUGCACAAAAAGUGUUGGCGCAACAAACAAAGGGAAGAGAAGAAGAAGAGAGACAAGGACUUGUGUAUGAAUGUACUGUCUGCAGAAAAUCUUAUUUUUCUGAAAAUGCUUUCUCAAACCACUUGUUAUCUAAAAAGCACCGUGACCUUGAAUAUCAAGCAGAUAAACAAGCCUUACUCUCACCUGUGAUCAAAAAGGAAACCACCAGCACUUUGUUCUCAGAUACAGAAGAAGAUUUGACAGACAAUGAGACGCACUCGGUUGUGUCUUCUGCUGCGGAUCAUCCCCUUAGCACAGACAGAUGUUUGUUUUGUCAUAUGAUGAAUGGUGAUUUCGAUACCAAUAUGAAGCAUAUGAGUGUUGUUCAUGGCUUCUUUUUACCUGAUCAAGAAUAUUUAGAAGAUGCACCUGGUUUGAUUAUGUAUCUAGCUGAAAAGAUUGAUGAUUGUGUCUGUCUUUAUUGUAAUGGACGUGGAAAGGAAUACAAAACACCAUGGGCUGUUAGAAAACAUAUGUUGGAUAAAGGACAUUGUAAAAUGGCAUACGACGAAUCUGAAGACCCUGAAGAAUUGCUACAGUUUUAUAACUUUGGUAACAUGUCAGAACAAGACUUUGAAGCCGCCACGAUUGAUACAGAUACCACACCCGAAGAUGAAUUGAUAUUAGAAUCGGGUGAAAGAUUAGGUCAUCGUCGUUUCAUGAGAUAUUACAAGCAAAAUAUGACUAGAAAACCUUUGCCUGAAUCUAAUGGGUUGUCUAUUACAGAAGGAGGCGAAUCUACGGCGGAACCAAUGGAACCACGCAAUAGAAAAGAACGCCGCAGUAAAUUGACUAUUACAGACGGAUCUCAUCUUUCAAAGACAGAUUUGCUAGCUCGAUUACCAGAAGUAGUUCAAAAACAACAUUAUCAAAGACAAUCAAGCAAACGGGACAAUCUUGUUGCCACUAGUCGUAUGCGUAUACAAAAUCCAAUUUAAAGUGGUUACUGUUUUUAUACGCGUAUUUUUUUUUCUGUAAUAAAAUUGAAUACGCGAUAGCGCGUUUCUGUAAA